AUGGCGAGCGCCCGCACCGAAACACGACGCCUCGAGCGCGUACCCUCGUCCUCCCUCCUGAUGCGCUCGUCUCCCAGCCGCAGCGACUCCCGCAAGCGCUCGCACGAUGCGUCCGAGUCGAAUGCUUCCAAGCCGUCAAGCGGUCCUACAAAAGGCGUUUCAAGCGCCAAAAAGAGCAGAAAGGACGUCGCAUGUGGAUCGAAUUGUAUCACCAGCAGCAAAAAGAGCGCUUCAGACCGCUUUAUUCCCACACGGAGCGCCAUGAAUCUAGACCUCGCGCAGUGCAAUUCGCCCGAGACGGCAGCAGCUAUUGAGGCAGUUACUAAGAGCAGACAGAAGAGCAGUCCCAGUCGCUCAGGCGCGCGUGCAGCCUCGAGCACUGCCGCUGAGGAAGAGGAGAAGCAGAUUUACAAGAGGAGACUAGCCAGCGCUUUGCUGGGCAAAGAAGACGACUCGAACCACAAGAUUCUCAAGUUUACAAAGGACAAACCGGCGGUAGCUCCGCCCGACUCGUUCAAGUCUACGCUUCAGGCGAGGUUUUCUCACAAUAAAGUGACUGUUGUGCCUGCUUCUGCUGCCAAGAAACUGAACCGUCAUGUCCCGUCGGCACCAAUUAAGGUGCUGGAUGCACCCGAGUUGAUGAACGACUACUACCUGAACUUGCUGUCGUGGGGAGCCAACAAUAUCUUGGCGGUGGCACUGGGCCAGUGUGUCUACCUCUGGAACGCUGCGACUAGCGAGAUCAAUGAACUCAUGGCUUUGGAAGGAGACGAGUACGUGAGCUCGGUGCAAUGGAGUGAUGCUGCAGGUGGCUCGGCUCAUUUGGCUAUUGGAACGAGCGAGUCGGUCGUGCAGCUGUGGGAUGUCACUGCAUCGCGCCAAGUUCGAACAAUGAACGGACACUCGUCGCGUGUAGGCGCACUGGCUUGGAAUAGUUAUGUGCUUUCGUCAGGUUCGCGUGACAGCAGUAUCAUUCACCACGAUGUUCGAGCGCGGCAACAUCAGCUGUCAACACUGACGAGUCAUGAGCAGGAGGUUUGUGGGCUGCAGUGGUCUCCUGAUGGCACCAUGUUGGCUUCCGGUGGCAAUGACAAUGCACUGUGUUUGUGGAAGGCUAGUAGCAUUGGCAGUAGCCGCAGUGUGCAAACCCCUGCUCACCGGUUAGAACAGCACACGGCUGCAGUGAAAGCAAUUGCAUGGUGCCCAUGGGAGCGUAACCUACUCGCUACGGGUGGUGGUACGGCAGAUCGCACGAUCAAGUUUUGGAACACGACGAAUGGUGCAAUGUUGAAUAGCGUCGAUACAGGCUCUCAGGUGUGCUCACUGCUGUGGUCAGCGACAGAGAAGGAGCUCUUGUCGUCGCAUGGGUACUCACAGAAUGAACUGUGCUUGUGGAAGUAUCCGAGCAUGGCCAAGGUGAAGGAGCUUACAGGUCAUACAUCUCGCGUGCUGCACUUAGCGCCGUCACCUGAUGGUGAGACCGUUGUGUCUGGCGCUGCCGAUGAAACAUUGCGAUUUUGGAAGGUGUUCGGUCCCAACCGUAAAGCGCGGAAAGCCGGCUCGAGCACUGUUGAGCUGAGCAGUUCGUCACUGUCGAGUGUCAUGAGCAUCCGUUAG